AUGGCUGCCAUGGACGACCUGAGAGCUUCAGCAGGGAGGAUGAGAUGGCUGAGGGAGGUGGAGAAGUUGCGGGGAGCGGGCCGGCGGAGGAAAGGGGACGACGAUGAAGAGGAGGAGGAGGAGGAGGAGGAGGAGCGGGUGGAAGUGCUGCUCCGAGGCAAAGCACCGUGGGGCUUCACCCUGAGGGGGGGCACCGAGCACCGGGAGCCGCUGGUCAUCACCAAGGUGGAGCCGGGCAGCGUGGCAGCAGCCGCCCGUCUCCAGGCCGGGGACGAGAUGCUGAGCGUCAACGCCGUCCCCCUCGCCGGCUCCCGGCAGGAGGCCAUCUGCCUGGUGAAGGGCUCCCACAAGACCCUGGCCCUGGUGGUCCGAAGGAAGAAUGAUCCAGGCUCGCGGCCCCAUUCCUGGCACUCCUCCAAGCUGACAGAAGAGGAGACAGAGCCGGCUGGGAGAGAGGCCCCCCCGGCACCGGACUGGCAGCCCAAACAUGAAGCAAGGCCCAAAGAAUUGUCCACUCAAGGGGAAGAGAACAGCCAGCGUCAGCUAACCAGUCAGUUCAGCUCAGUGAACAGCAUGGAGAGACUGGACCGUCCCUCUCAUCCUUUCCCACCGGCUCGUCUUUCCCCGACCAAACACAUCAGCGGUGCAGAGCCCCUCACGGGACCUGCCGGCAAGAGAGACUCUGCGUUCAGCUGCUUCUCCAACGGCUCCAGCCCUCCGGUUCACGACCAGAGCACGCCUGGUAGGAAGGGAACCAGCACUGAAAACAUUUUCUUCAAGGGCCUUCAGAGCGAGGGGCUUCAACAGGCCGGGCGGCCCAGGUACCACCAGCCGGCGCUGGGGGGCGGAGGCUGGGAGGAGCAGCCGGCCACUCGGGUUUCCAUCGCAGGGAGAAUGAGCAUCGGCCCAGUGUGGCAGGUACCAGAGAAGAAGUCCCAGUCUCCGCCUCCACCACCUCCUCCCCUGCGCAGUGACAGUUUUGCCGCCACAAAAGUGUUCCCGUACCCCGAAGGUCCAGGUGGUCCCACCAAGAGCCUCCGCAGAUCCAUCGAGAAACUGACCGAGAGCAACGAGCAGAACGGCCUCAGACCUCACCAAGGGAAAACCUCCGAUCCCAGACACGGCUUCAAGCCCCUUCCCGCCAAAGACUCCCUCCACCCCCCCCACGCGGCCGCCGACCACAACCACAACCAGCUGCACCCCAACAAACUGUUCUCUCUGUCCAGCAAUGACGUGAGACAGUCUCAUUACACCCAGGUAGCUGCCCACCAGAGGCAGUACAGUGAUGAAAGCCCCUUCUACCUGCACACCAGGUCAGCUCCUCCCGCAAAGACGCAGAGUGUCGGCAGCUACUAUCGCAGCCUCCAGGACCUACCCACUAAUCUGUUCAACCGCAGGCACGUCAGGCACUCCACCGCGUCCAUGACAAGUUGUGCUGCGAACCCACACCUGGAGGGUUGGGGCCACAGCAGAUACUACGGCCCAGCAGGCAAACAUCUGGCCCAGGCCGCGGAGCUUCAGGCCAGGCAGGGCAAAGCAGAGGGCCGGAGGGGGGAGACGGAGAAGGCACACUGGGUGAACAGCAGUGAACCAGGAUUCUCAAGUUCACUGAAGGCAAAGUACCCUCUACCUCAGUCCCAGACGCCUUACAGCGAAAAUAAGGAGCGCAACGGUCAUUCCCAUCUGGGGAACGGUCUUCAUCCGACCUCAGAACCUUGUAACCAGAGCCGCAGCCCAGAGGACGCUGCAAAGAGAGCUGAAGGACACAGUAAUGACACCAAAAGACAUUUUUCCGCACAUCUAAGUAAUGAACACAAGGUCAGUCUUUCAAGGCAGCAAGACCCAUGGGUGCCUCAAGAAGACAAGCGGAUAUCCCCCCUGAAAACCCCCCUCCUCCACUCCCUGGCCCAGGAGAGCAGGAGUCUGGCUGAGAGGCAACCUGCAGCUUUGACCAUGGGCGUGAUGUCCACCCAGGACACUGGUGACCCCAUGGCCACCGGCAGCGGAAAGGUGAACCGACGCAGUGACCGCUACGCUACCACGCUCCGAAAAGAGAUCCAGCAGAAACGAGCUCAGCUGCAGAAGAGUCGCAGCGCUGCAACCCUGACGUGUGACGCCGAGGACGAGGAGGUGGAGGAGUGGAGAUCCACUGAGACUUCCACGUCCUCUGGUGCCUCCUUUUCUAAUAUCUACAAGGAUCACCUGAAAGAGGCUCAGGCCCGGGUUCUCCAGGCCACCUCCUUCCAGAGACGCGACCUGGAGCCCCUUGGACCCGAGGUGCCGGUAGUGAAAACCUCCAACGGACGCAUUAGAGGACGUAAACGCUUCCCCCUGGCGAAGAGGACUCACUCCUUCUCAGAGCCGGACAAGAUAGACAAAGUAGGGGUGGAGUCGGAACCUCAGAGGGAGUCCUUCGGAGAGCGCAGGAGGUUCUUCGAGGCCAAACCAGCUUUCUCCAGACCCGUGCUGAGGUCAAGUCAAAGUUCAAACCUGAACACGGACCUGGGUGAGAUAAGCAAAGUCAAAGAGAACACCUCCUCUGCAGAGCCUGAGGAGCCACACUCCUCUGCAGAGCCCGACCUCCUCAGUCCUGGGUACAAUCAGAGUUUACUGGAGCAGCAGAGGCUCGGGACCUUCGCUGAGUACCAGGCCACAUGGAACAAGCAGAAGAAGUCGCCAGAGGCCAAGACACAAGGGAGGUAUCACUCUGCAGAGAAUAUCUUGGAUGCAGAUGCUGAGGAGAAAGUCCUCUGCACCCAUGAGAGAUCCAGAUCAUCCCCCUCUGCAGACUUCUACGCACAGAACCUUCCCUCACCGUGGAGAGACCCUGGAGACCAGCAGAGCAGUUACACCACCAGAGGAGAAUCAGAGACCCGACUGCGACUUCAGCCCGACCGCGGCCCACACUCGGCCCCGUCAGGGCCCAGGAACCAGGGCCCAGCACCGGGCCUCUGUGACCACAGGACCAAAUCCAACGCUGCCAAUCCCUCCCAGACCACACGCUCCUCGGGCCCUCGCAGCCACAGCCCCGGCCCUGGCUCCCGGCACGCGGCUCCGCCUCCACAAACCAAGGGCCUCCUGCCGCCGCCCAGGCCCCUUUUAGGGCCAGAAACCACAUCCUCCUCCCAGGAAUUCCUCGCUGCCUCCCAGGCGAACCCGGCGGCGCUCCAGCCUCUGUCCAGCUGCGGCUCUGAGACCCAGCACCAUGAUACUGCCCCCGGCUCCUCCGCUGGCCCCGCCCCCUGGACGUCCCCACCAGAUGUGAGUCAAGGAGAUGUGGAGCCCGGGCAGGAGAAGGAGCUGCUGCCACGGCCUUCGUCUCCUCGCUCCUCCUGGACGGCCCCCCUGUCUUUACCCGGCGCCGAUCGAGUGCGGUCUCCCUCGCCACAGUUUGCACCGUUGAGACUGACCGACAAGCCGCCGGCCGCGAAGCAUGACUCAACACUCAGGUCAGAAAAUGAGCUGACGUUUGCAGCAGAAGGGAUGGAUGUGAACAGUCCGGUGAGGAAAGUCCCCGUGAGGAUCGUCCACGCUGAGAGCAGCUCGGACCGGGGGGGACGUGCCUACCUGCCCCCGACGGGCGAGACCUGCCGUCCCUUUGAGCCGUCGCCCUACGUCCCCUGCCUAGGGGCCACAGAGCACCCGGUGUCGUCCCUGUUCAGCGCCUACAUCCGCCAGGUCCCUCAGGACCCGGGUCACGCUUCCUCACAAGAGACAGACAACGAGUCGAGCUCGGCAGGUGUCCAACGCUCAGAGGAGGACGCCAAGAGAGAGGAACUGGCCAGGGACAUCAUGGGUAAAGACAAGACCCUGGUGGACAUCCUCAACCAGAGUGGCAGGAAGACCACCAUGGACCUCAUGGAGGGGCUCUUUCCUCCAGAGGAGCAGAUCCUGGAGGGAGCCCACCAGAGGAGGAGGACCCCCACCAGCUGCAGGCCGACCACGUCGUCCCCCAGGACCACGGACAGGAGGGGGGAGGAGGAGGAUGUGUCUGCAUCAGCUUCUCUGGUGCCCGGCUCCUCCUACUACAACACAUCAGCUCCCAAAGCCGAGCUCCUCAUCAAGAUGAAGGACAUGCAGGGGCAGCUGGAGGAGCAGGACUCUGAGGACGAGCUGGACAUCGACCUGGCCAGUAAAAAGCAAGAGCUGAUCUCCAGCCUGGCGAGGAAGCUGGAGGUUCUGCGGGAGGCGCGGCAGAGCCUGCAGGACGAUGUGGAGGACAACGAGACCCUGGGUCGGGAGGUGGAGGUCACCGUGCAGCGCCUCUGUCAGCCCAACCAACUCGACAAAUUCCGCAUGUUCGUGGGCGACCUGGACAAGGUGGUGAGUUUGCUGCUGUCGCUGUCGGGGCGGCUCGCCCGGGUGGAGAACGCCCUCAACAGCCUGGAGGACGAAGCUUUGCCCGAGGAGAAGCGGAACCUGACGGAGAAACGCAAGCUGCUGAUGCGUCAGCACGAAGACGCCAAGGAGCUGAAGGAGAACCUGGACCGUCGGGAGCGCCUGGUGUCCGGGAUCAUGGAGGUCCACCUGGACGCCGAGAGCCUGGACGACUACCGGCACUUCGUCAAGAUGAAGUCGGCCCUCAUCAUCGAGCAGCGCAAACUGGAGGACAAGAUCAAGCUGGGCGAGGAGCAGCUGAAGUGUCUGUUGGACAGUCUGCCGCUGGAGCAGAGGCCAAUGCUCUGAAGCCUGGAAACAGCAU